GCACUUCCGUAACCUACAUAUUCCCGCGAAAACUUCAAGCUCGGGAAACCCUUCUGACUUGUCCAAACUUGCACAGAGCUUAUUCAAAACAAAAGGAAGCCAUGAGUGUUUAGAUACUCCACUUUCGAACAAUUGCUGUGAGCACGGUCAGACUGUUAGAUGCGAUUGCUCGUAGACGUAUACAUCAAUAUGUCAUCAUCUGCAUUGCACAACAGUACUUGAGCCCAAAUGGUCAAACUAUCUUAUCGAACUCAAUGAGUUAUGAGAAUCGUACCUUGAGACACAGCAUUAUUACAACCAGAGACCAUAUACCGGUAUAUGGUCUCUGUUACAACUGAUGCAAGCCACAAGAGAUGCAUCACAAUCUAGCCAUGAAAUAAGCACCAGGAUAACUAUGGUGCUAGAAAAGAUUGGACCACAGUCAGAAAUGGAAACAGUCGCUUCAUUAUGAACUAAACUGAAGGCCAUUUGCUUGUGGUGGUGAAGCGAAUAGGUUAGAACUUGGGGAUUAAGUGUAUGAUAGAGCCUCAUCAGUGCAUCGAUUGAGUCCAGCUCCCUGGUCUUGUACACUUGUGCUAUCUCCGAUGAGGACAGCCACAAGGGAAACAUUGGACUCAUCCGUCUUCACCACAUAGUUUGAUGUAUAUAUUGAAAAGUAAAUUCGUUUCCCCAUGGAGUAUAAAACUGUCCAUGAUAUUCUUUAAUGUGUACUGUACAGCGCUUGUGAAGGCUGAGAAUGAAACGCUGUGAGAGUGUACCAGGAGUAACUAUAUAGGUAUUAGUGAGCAGUAGAUGGCAGAUAGAACUUUUAAGCAACAUGCAAAGCAUAUGGAUUUGUUCAACUGCAGGAUUUCUAUUGAGUUGAGAGCCCCACCUAUGGAAUGAAAACAAGAAGACAAGUAAAUAUCACCAUGCUCUUGAAUCUAAGUAUGUUACAUCCUCUGGGCACACAUUAGGAAGCAGGAGAGCAAGAUGGAGAAGAAACAUAAAGAAAUUUUGAUAAAGCAGCGUGCCAACCUUGUGGAAAACAUCAACCCCAGAGAUGGCUUGUUUACCCAGCUGAUAUCCCAGAAAGUCCUCAACCCUAGAAGUGUUCGUACCAUCCAGUACAAUCGCCCUCCUGACCAGCAGGUGGAGGAGCUUCUCAAUGUUCUUCCAACAAGAGGCCCUGAAGCUUUCUCCAAGUUCUGUGAAGCACUGAAAGAAGAUGAUCAAGAACAUGUGCUGGACUUCCUUAAGUGUGAUGAAACUAAAAGUGAAACAACGAAUGAUGGAACGACACCAACUUCAGAAUCGGGCGAGUGUUCACGUAAACGAGCUCAUUCUCCGUCCCCCCAGGUCUUGUGUAUCAAGGACAAGGAUAGUCAGAAUUUAAUGAUCAAGUAUUUAGCCAGUGAGGAACACUCAGAUGCAGAGAAGAAGAGACAAAUGUUUACAGAUGGACACAAAGGUUAUGAACAGGGAGAGCCACGGCACACAUUCAAACACUGGAUAUCUGAACCUGGGGUCGUUCACAUUGGUCGGUUUGUGCCGGUGGACCACCUUGAAAACUACAUGGCCGCCCCAUCAAGCUUGUCAGGGGGCAGAUGUACCCCCUAUGAUCUUUCCCGAUGUGAUAGCCUAGAUGCCAUGACCAAGAGGCCUGUCCAGUUGUCCUCACCACACCAGCCGUCCAGUGAUACAAUAGAUUCUGAAGCAGUCCAGAUAGCAAACACCUUUGAUGAAACUGAGGAUGCUCAGAUUGACCUAACUGACGGGCCAGUCAACGUCAAGGUCGACCAUACAUCCCGGCAGUUCUUCCUUGCAUUUCAUAGAAAGUCAUACCCCAUGCAGAGGCUACCUCGAGGGAAGGCCCUCAUCAUCAAUGUCAAUGAAGUCAUCAGCAAACCACCUCGACGAGGCACUGACAUCGACCGUGAUAAUCUCCAUAAUCUGCUCAAGCAACUUCACUUCGAUGUCCAGGUGUUUAAUGAUAAAGAUGGCCUCACUGCACAGGGAAUAGUGGCGAAGCUGAAGAUGUUUUCAUCCUUGUCUGAGCAUGUGGAGUCCAACUGCAGUGUGGUCUGCCUCCUGAGCCAUGGGGAGGAGGGCUAUGUGUUCGGGACUGAUGGCAAGAAGAUCCCACUGGAUGAGAUUUUCAUGAUGUUCGACAACACCCAGUGUAGAGGACUGAUUGGCAAACCCAAAGUGUUCUUCAUUCAAGCAUGUCGUGGAGGAGCUCUGGACCCUGGGGUGCGACUAGAGAAAACAGACGAGACAGAUGGGGGCCCGCCUGUGUGCCCUGAGCCGUGGAAACAGCUGCCCACCAUGUCCGAUAUGGUUAUCUGUUACCCCACACAGUAUGGUUACUAUGCAUGGCGCAAUCGUGAACGGGGAAGCUGGUACAUUGAGGCCAUUGUGCAGAUCUUCAUGAGGCACGCGAAGAAUGAGGACAUCUGUACCAUGCUGAACCGGGUGAACCACCUGGUGUCAAGGAAGGUGUCCCGUUGUCCACAGAUUGACAUGGACCGCAUGACACAGAUGUCGGAGUACAAGAGCACCCUCCGGAAGCCACACCUUUUCUUCUUCCCCGGCAUCGGCAGUGGAUAAGUUUAAUCAGAAUGUAGACAAGACAUGUUGUGGCCCCCACUGCUGCGUGUACUAGACUACUAGUACUGUGCUGGGUUGGAGUGUCUAGGGGAGAGUGCCUUGGCUCAAGACCCAGUAUGAUGAUAUAUAUUGUGCAGAUGGGUUGGAGUGUCUAGGGGAGUGCCUUGGCUCAAGACCCAGUAUGAUAAUAUAUUGUACAGAUGGGUUGGAGUGUCUAGGGGAGUGCCUUGGCUCAAGACCCAGUAUGAUAAUAUAUUGUACAGAUGGGUUGGAGUGUCUAGGGGAGUGCUUUGGCUCAAGACCCAGUAUGAUGAUAUAUAUUGUGCAGAUGGGUUGGAGUGUCUAGGGGAGCGUCUAGGGGAGUGCCUUGGCUCAAGACCCAGUAUGAUAAUGGCAGGAUACCUUUGCAGCAACUGAAAGAAAUGCAGUGUGAUAUUUUACAUCCAGUUCAUUGCCUGUUAUCUGAAAGUAUGGUGUGGACUAACAACGGGGUUUACAGCAAUUGCUGACAGGUGCUUUGUGUGUGUUUGACAGUUUUAUCUUGGAUCUGAAUUUUAGGUUAUGAAAUCAUUUUGAAUCUGUUUUACACAAACUUGUUUUACAUGCUUCAUUUAAGUCAUAUCAAGAUGAUAUUUGGUGCUUACAACUUACACAAAAUCAUUCUGCCAUCUUCACAUGUUCAUUAACAUUAUUACUGUAUGACAGCCCUAAGCAUAUUUCAUCUUUGUUGUGGUGGCUGUAGAUGGCUGGUGUAUGUUUGGUGUCCAUGGUCAGCUAUCAGUCUCCAUCAGCCCCCAAGUCAGCUCACAGUGUUGCUGGUGUCUCCUGUUAGCAUGUGGUUUCAGAAUAUUUAGUUUUUGUUAAGAAAUCAAAGUACCCUGUAUGUUUCAGAUUUUGUGGUCAGUUUUCCUAUUGGUUAUCUAUACUGAACAAAAACAGUUUGAGAUCAUUAAAAUAUUUUGGGGGAUAUUUUUUUGAAGACCCUAUGUAUACAAGUCCCGAGGUUUGUCAUAACGUGUAGAGGUCAGUUUGUAUGAAUGUACAAGUGAUCUGCAACUGACCUUAUGGAGCAGCAAUUUGCAGCAAUAUGGUGCAUGACUGGUAGAAUAGAAAACAACAACUGUGCCAUGACUGGAACACUUGGUACAAGAAUGCCUCUUCUUUCUCAGUAUAUGAACACAGUGUGUCCUAAUGUACACACCCUUGACUUUGUCAAGUUGAGAAACUAAUCAAAAUGCUGCUGCUGUUGUACCCAUCAGCUGUUGGCUGUGUAAUAAAUAAUGUAGGAGAUAUUGAUGAAAUGCUACUUGACACAGUUCCCAGAAUGUCCAGAUUGGUCUCAGGUAUCUCAGUUACCUCCCUUAUGCAGAUCACUGACUAACAUCUAUUUUAAGAAAACAUUUAAAGGACAAUGUCUUUUUUAACAUUUAUCAUGAUUUAGUUGUAUUUGUUUGUUUUAUCCAUUGCUGUUUUCUAUUAGUUUUAUCCAUAGUUUUAGCGUUUUACAUGUGUAUGUGUUUCAGAAUUGUGUGUAGUGUACUGUGGUGUGAGUCAGUUCACCUCGACUAUCCAUUGUAUUAUAUCUCAGUUCUGUGAAGGUAAAUACCCUAUGUCCAGUUACUAUGGAGGUGAUCUUGCUGUCUCAAAACUUCUACCAGGUAAGCACCAGCUUGACCCAAGUCCCUGCCUCAUCAAUCAACAACCAUUCUAAAUGACUCUCCUGUAUGAAAGUUUGGCUUAGAGCUAUUCAAAAUAUAUAUUCAAAAUUGGGACCUUGUACAAGCGAACAAUCAAUAUUUUCAAUCAAAUCAGAAUAUUGUUGGCUUGAAAAGAUGUCCAUGUGUGUCCCAUCAGGCAUUCCGAGAUGAGGUGAAAGAACUUUGUAAUUUAAUGGAACAUCUAUUCUCAGCAUGAUGCCAUUCAAACCACACUAUUUAUCACGUUAUGUAUCAUAUUAUUUAUCAAGAUAGAAUGGAGAUAUUAUUUGCUGGAUAAACACAGUUGACAUAAAAGUGAUCAAAUCCUCUUAGCAUUGUAAAUGGGAGUGUGUUGUAUCAGUCAUUCAUUGGUUAGUUGCACUCAUUCUUUGGGUCCUGUAAGGAUUACUGAAGCCAUAAUGUCCCACACGAGGUACAGUACCCCUUGUUAUGCCCACUCUGUGUCUCACCCUGUCCAUAUCCUGCUAUAUGCAAGGGAGGGAAUCAACCUAUAUCUAUCCUGGUAUGAGGGGUGUUCAAUAAGUUUUGCAACUUCAAUAUAAGACCAAGUCGCAGAAUAUCUUUUGCACUUUUAUUUUUCAAUAUAAUCUCCAUUCAUCUCAAUACACUUAUUCCAUUUGUCCUUAAGCUUUUACUACCACUUUUAUAGAAAUCCGCAGAUUGGCCCUCUAACCAUGCCUCUGUGGCAGCCUUUAUGUCCUUGUCAUCCUGGAAGCGUCUUCCACGUAGGGCAGAUUUCAUUUGCCGGAACAGGAAAUAGUCACUGGGGGAACAAGAAACAUUUUGCGUGUGACAUAUUUAAUAUGUUGGUAAGCAUUCGCCAUUAUGAUCCAUCAUAAUUAAUUACCACGAUAAUAUAGUGGGGCAUCACGCUAUACAUCUCCUGGUAUAUGUAUACAAGGGAGGGCAUCACGCUAGACAUCUGGUAUAUUCAAGGGAGGGCAUCACGCUAGACAUCUGGUAUAUUCAAGGGAGGGCAUCACGCUAUACAUCUGGUAUAUGUAUACAAGGGAGGGCAUCACGCUAGACAUCUGGUAUAUUCAAGGGAGGGCAUCACCCUAUACAUCUGGUAUAUUCAAGGGAGGGCAUCACGCUAUACAUCUGGUAUAUUCAAGGGAGGGCAUCACGCUAUACAUCUGGUAUAUGUAUACAAGGGAGGGCAUCACGCUAUACAUCUGGUAUAUGUAUACAAGGGAGGGCAUCAUGCUAGACAUCUGGUAUAUUCAAGGGAGGGCAUCACGCUCUACAUCUGGUAUAUGUAUACAAGGGAGGGCAUCACGCUCUACAUCUGGUAUAUGUAUACAAGGGAGGGCAUCACGCUAUACAUCUGGUAUAUGUAUACAAGGGAGGGCAUCACGCUAUACAUCUGGUAUAUUCAAGGGAGGGCAUCACGCAAUACAUCUGGUAUAUGUAUACAGGGGAGGGCAUCACGCUAUACAUCUGGUAUAUGUAUACAAGGGAGGGCAUCACGCUAUACAUCUGGUAUAUGUAUACAAGGGAGGGCAUCAUGCUAGACAUCUGGUAUAUGUAUACAAGGGAGGGCAUCACGCUAGACAUCUGGUAUAUUCAAGGGAGGGCAUCACGCUAUACAUCUGGUAUAUGUAUACAAGGGAGGGCAUCACGCUCUACAUCUGGUAUAUGUAUACAAGGGAGGGCAUCACGCUAUACAUCUGGUAUAUGUAUACAAGGGAGGGCAUCACGCUAGACAUCUGGUAUAUUCAAGGGAGGGCAUCACGCUAUACAUCUGGUAUAUGUAUACAAGGGAGGGCAUCACGCUAGACAUCUGGUAUAUUCAAGGGAGGGCAUCACGCUAGACAUCUGGUAUAUGUAUACAAGGGAGGGCAUCACGCUAUACAUCUGGUAUAUGUAUACAAGGGAGGGCAUCACGCUAUACAUCUGGUAUAUGUAUACAAGGGAGGGCAUCACGCUAUACAUCUGGUAUAUUCAAGGGAGGGCAUCACGCUAUACAUCUGGUAUAUGUAUACAAGGGAGGGCAUCACGCUAUACAUCUGGUAUAUGUAUACAAGGGAGGGCAUCACGCUAGACAUCUGGUAUAUUCAAGGGAGGGCAUCACGCUAUACAUCUGGUAUAUUCAAGGGAGGGCAUCACGCUAGACAUCUGGUAUAUUCAAGGGAGGGCAUCACGCUAUACAUCUGGUAUAUUCAAGGGAGGGCAUCAUGCUAUACAUCUGGUAUAUGUAUACAAGGGAGGGCAUCACGCUAUACAUCUGGUAUAUGUAUACAAGGGAGGGCAUCACGCUAUACAUCUGGUAUAUUCAAGGGAGGGCAUCAUGCUAUACAUCUGGUAUAUGUAUACAAGGGAGGGCAUCACGCUAUACAUCUGGUAUAUGUAUACAAGGGAGGGCAUCACGCUAGACAUCUGGUAUAUGUAUACAAGGGAGGGCAUCACGCUAUACAUCUGGUAUAUGUAUACAAGGGAGGGCAUCACGCUAGACAUCUGGUAUAUGUAUACAAGGGAGGGCAUCACGCUAUACAUCUGGUAUAUGUAUACAAGGGAGGGCAUCACGCUAGACAUCUGGUAUAUGUAUACAAGGGAGGGCAUCACGCUAUACAUCUGGUAUAUGUAUACAAGGGAGGGCAUCACGCUAGACAUCUGGUAUAUGUAUACAAGGGAGGGCAUCACGCUAGACAUCUAGUAUAUGUAUACAAGGGAGGGCAUCACGCUAUACAUCUGGUAUAUGUAUACAAGGGAGGGCAUCACGCUAGACAUCUGGUAUAUGUAUACAAGGGAGGGCAUCACGCUAGACAUCUGGUAUAUGUAUACAAGGGAGGGCAUCACGCUAGACAUCUGGUAUAUGUAUACAAGGGAGGGCAUCACGCUAUACAUCUGGUAUAUGUAUACAAGGGAGGGCAUCACGCUAGACAUCUGGUAUAUGUAUACAAGGGAGGGCAUCACGCUAGACAUCUGGUAUAUGUAUACAAGGGAGCAUCACGCUAGACAUCUAGUAUAUGUAUACAAGGGAGGGCAUCACGCUAUACAUCUGGUAUAUGUAUACAAGGGAGGGCAUCACGCUAGACAUCUGGUAUAUGUAUACAAGGGAGGGCAUCACGCUAGACAUCUGGUAUAUGUAUACAAGGGAGGGCAUCACGCUAGACAUCUGGUAUAUGUAUACAAGGGAGGGCAUCACGCUAGACAUCUGGUAUAUGUAUACAAGGGAGGGCAGGUCAGGGUGUUGUGGAGAAGUACAUUCAUUCUCUGUCUGGGUAUGUUCUGGCUGUCCUUGCUGUUGAGACAUUAGUUUUGUUACCUGAUCCUGCAGAUUUAACUGUGACAUUCCUGUCUGCUGUUAUUUAGUUGUGGUUGGUGGAGCUAUUAGAAUGUUACAAUUAUUAUUGUUGCUUUGUAUUUGCAUUGUUUCAGUACCAGAAUCAUGAGCAUGACCCAGCACCGCUGAGGAGUUACAUGGGUUAAUAUAUAUACCGACUCAUUCUGUAGAGUUGAAUUAUUUCAGCAUUUUUACAACUGACAGUGAAACCUUGAGAGUAUUUGCAUGGAGAGUUUCUGGUUAUAAACAACGAAUCUGACAGUACUUGACCCACUGGGAGCUUUACUUACUGCCAAUAAAGAUCAGUGGUGAUGCUGAAGUGAAUGAUGAUUGUGGCUCAUUUCAAUGUAGGGUAUUGUACAGGUAGUUUUCUUGGACUGUUAUUACACACAACCUGUGACAGGAAGCCUUGAAGACGCCACUAGGAGCAUGACAUGCUGCCUGUUUGCUAGGGAUGUCGUAUGUCACGAUAUCGAUGUAUUGGUAUCGAUGUAUUGGUAAAUGUUGAAUAUGGAUGACGUUUCAAUACAAUUUUCUUAAUGUUGAUACUAAAUAAAUAAUUCACUGCCACAGAAAUAUUGACAUUUAUUAAGAUUUCCAUGGUUAAGAUGGACAAUGAGAAGGCAGAAAAUUUAAUUUGAAACAUUUAAUGGAUCGUCCUAGUUCAUAAUUAGCAUUGAACUUGCAGGUCCAUGCAGGUAAUUUCUAUCUAUACCCAUACAGAAUAAAUAAUUUUAUCAUUAAUCAGUAUUGUGAUACUUUUGAGUGAUAGGAUUGGCCCAGUCACCUAAAGAGCCGCAGUUUGCUGUGCAGAGUUGCAUUCUUUGGGCAUGCCCAUAACCUAUGAUCGUGGGUUGGAAUCCAGAAUCACCCUGAUUCGUUUGUCAGCACCAUGCCUGUACUGAACUGUCCAGUCACUGACACCCCUAGUUCAUGCAGCCAUCAAUUGAUGUCUUCUGAUAGUACAUUUUGAGGCCAUUCAAUACUUGAUUCAGUUACAAUGGUCUGUCCGGAGAUAUCUGUGUCAUUGUAACAGGAUGAUCAUCAGCUACACAAGUCUUGCUGUAGAUGCACCAUCCAGUAUUCAAGUGUUCCUGCUGCUACAGUCUUAAUGGCAGACUCAGUGGCUGUGCUACAGUCUUAAUGGCAGACUCAGUGGCUGUGCUACAGUCUUAAUGGCAGACUCAGUGGCCUUGCUAUUAUUGGCUGAAACCAUGUUUUAUAUCCAUACAACAUCUAUGUGUAAUAAUAGAAACACCUUUCCUGAAGAGAACCUAAUCGGUAAUGAUUUAAGUAGGUGUGAACAGGACAGUGAGAAGAAAUUAUAAAUUGUUUAUAUGAAACAUGUAUUGUUUGUGAAAGUUUAUUUACACAUUUUAAUGAAAUGUAUAGUUAAAAACGUUUUUGAUGCCAAAGUUACAAGCGUGAUAUUGCCCUGUAUAUGAAGAGUAUUAUCAUAUCUGUAGAUAUAGUAACAUCAAGACUGUCCUGAAUAUAGGGAUGUGUAUCCAGUUAAGAUGUCAGACAUUCUAAGUCUUGCAAUAUGUGUGUAUUCCUUAUCAUAUGCCAAAUAUGGUAAUGAAUGUAACAUAGUUAAAGAGAAAUGAUGCAGACAGAUGACCAGUUGAAUGAGCAGCCUGACCAUUGUGCUGAUUCUGAGGAGGGAUGGUGCUCCACGAGGUGCUGUCCACUGUCGGCAGACUCGGGGCAUAGCUUGCAGACGUCACACCAUGUUAGUUGUUUGCCCUACACGCUGGACAGUACAUUAACUUUGAAGCUAUUGCUGAAGUUUGGAGGUUAUUCAGUUGAAUCUGAAGACACCUCUCACAUUUGUUUAUCAAGUAAAAGAUGUUAUUGGGUUAAUAUUAUUGUGUUCAUCACACCUCUAGUACAAGAACGCUGACAUUAGGGAUCCAACAUAUUCAAGGUGGUUGGGGAUUUGGGGGAGGGGGAGAAUUUCUACCAGGUGUGUGUGUGUGUUGACCAGCUGUCUGCCGGAUUAGCUGCUGUAACUGUAUCUCUGUGCUGCUCCCUAAAAGUGAUUUUGUAUUUUGACUUGUCGCUACACAGAGCUAUGGACUGUGCCAUGUUUUUUUCUAAAUAGAUCUCUGCUCCAAAUCUGCAUCACACUUUAUGUGCUUCAGCAAAGUGUAUGCGUCACGAUCUUAACGACAAAUACAACAAUUCAUUUCCUAAGACACUUGCCAUCACAAAUGAGGAUAUACUAAAUGGUUCAACAAUAUAUUUACUUAUCAAGUUGAAAACCAGACUGGUAAAGACUUUUUAGUCGCUAGUGGGUCUAAAAAUCUGUAUUUUUUUAUGAUUCCAACCUGAUAAGUAUGGUACAUAGAAAUUUGCAUAAUCGAAAAAACAAGUACACAUCUUUGAAGCCAAGUGUUUUAUGAAGCAAAUCUUGUUGCAGUUUUUGUAGGAUCAUGUACAUUAUGGCAGGGUUAUGAGGGCAGUAUGUUCCAAAUUGUGAGUCUGUUUGGAAAACACUAUGGAACAGCCCUGUAGUGACAAGACAAAUCAAGGAGGCAGCACAGAGAUACAGUAGCCACAGCUAUCUUUUAGUGUUCACCUGCUGUGUUGCAGGGGUGUGCGUGUUGACAGGUGUGUUCCAGGGGUGCGUGUUGACAGCUGUGUUCCAGGGGUGCGUGUUGACCAGCUGUGUUCCAGUUGUGUGCGUGUUGACCUGCUGUGUUCCAGUUGUGUGCGUGUUGACCAGCUGUGUUCCAGGUGUGUGCGUGUUGACCAGCUGUGUUCCAGUUGUGUGCGUGUUGACCAGCUGUGUUCCAGGGUUGCUUGUUGACCAGCUGUGGUCCAGUUGUGUGUGUUGACCAGCUGUGUUCCAGGCAUGUGCGUGUUGACCUGCUGUGUUCCAGGUGUGUGCGUGUUGACCUGCUGUGUUCAGUUGUGUGUGUGUGUUGACCUGCUGUGUUCCAGUUGUAUGCGUGUUGACCAGCUGUGUUCCAGUUCUGUGCGUGUUGACCAGCUGUUUUCCCGGUGUGUGCGUGUUGACCUGCUGUGUUCCAGGUGUGUGUGUAUUGACCAGCUGGGUUCCAGGUUUGUGUGUUGAUAAGGUGUGUUCCUGGUUUGUUCCUGGUGUGUGUGUUGACCUGGUGUGUGUGUUGACUGUCUGUCCGUCAGGUGCAUGUGUUGACCAGGUGUGUGUGUGUGUGUUGACCAGGUGUGUGUGUGUUGACAGGUUUAUUCCAGGUGUGUGUGUGUGUGUUGACUGUCUGGCAGGUGCAUGUGUUGACCAGGUGUCUGCCAGGUGCAUGUGUUGACCAGGUGUGUCUGCCAGGUUUGUGUGUGUUGACAGGUUUGUUCCAGGUGUGUGUUGACUGUCUGUCUGCCAGGUGCAUGUGCUGACUAUGUGUGUCUGUUGACAAGGUGUGUGUGUGUGUGUGUGUGUGUGUGUUUGUUGAUCAGCUGUAUGCUGUUGGAUGGCAGCUGGAUUUUGCUCUCUUUUCUAAACAUUCCAUUUUCACUGCCAGAGGUGAUUGUGUCUCGCAUUAUUUUACAUAAAUGUAUCAAUAAACGUAAUACUCUUAAUAGCUU